AUGAAGCAGAUUGACGCCGCCUCGAAGGCUAGGGAUCAAGCCAGGGAACAGGUUGAGCAACGGAAUUACGAAAUCGCAAUUGAAAUUUCGCAGCUUGAGGCUGCAAUUGUGAGUCUCAAAGAAGAAGUCUCCAAGAAGAGCUCGGAGCUGCAAAACCUGGAGCAUGUAGCCGCUGAGAGGGGGACACGGAUCUCAGAGAUCGAGAGUGAAAUGUCCAGACUGACACAGCUAGGUGAGGAUCGUGAUGCCAAAAUCAAGAAUUUGGAAAUGAAAUUAGAAUCGCAGAGACCGUUGACCAUCGACCAGUUAAAUCACACAUCAAAGGCCUAUGAACAGAUUUGUGAGAUUGUUAAGAGUGUUGUUAAGAAUGAUAACGAUUCUAUGCUUAUUUGGAAUGAAAUGAAUGUUGAUGAUAAUUUGCGCACUUUGUUGGAUGGGACUAAGUCUGUUUAUGAACUGGCUAAGGUCGCAGCUGAUGAAGUAAGGGGUCGGUUGGAGGAAAGUAGCAGUGAAAUUAAUAAUUUGAUUGAGAAGGUCUCAGAACUCUUAGCAGAGAAGCAACAUAUUGCGACUUUGCUCAGGAGUAUGUUGUCGUCAAAGACAAAUGAAGUGCGACAUGUGGCAGAGGAGGGUCUUAGAGAAGCUGGGAUAGAUUUGAGAUUGGACCAUUUUGAUGGGAACGAGUCUGAUCAGAAUGAAAAAAAUGAAGUGUAUAUCUUGGCAGGUGCAUUGGGAACUACUGUAAAGGAAUCACAAAAUAAGAUCAUUGAGCUCAUUAAUCUUGCACUUGAAUAUAUGCAUCGAGCAGUUAUUGUCCAGUCUAGUUCUGCAGCUCCUGGCAGAGUCUGGUCUACUAAAAACCGUUUGGAAACACAAACAAAAGAGAUUGCCCAGCUAAAGCAUCAUAUAAAGGAGCUUGAGGCGAAGGAACUAAUGGCAAACGAAAAUGUUGAAGGACUCAUGAUGGACAUCACAGCAGCAGACGAAGAAAUUUCAAGAUGGAAAGCUGCUGCAGAACAAGAAGCAGCAGCUGGCAGAGCUGUUGAACAGGAGUUUCAGUUACAGUUGUCAACUCUUAGAAAGGAACUGGAAGAGACAAAGCAAGCAACCCUAGAAUCUGAGAAUAAGCUCAAGUUCAAAGAAGAGACUGCUGCCGCAGCCAUGGUUGCUAGAGACGCAGCUGAAAAAUCCUUGAAAUUGGCCGACAUGAGAUCCUCAAGGCUGCGGGAGAGACUUGAGGAGUUAACUCGGCAGCUCGAGGAAUCCGAAAACCUAGAUGAUUUCCGGAGCAGAAACAAUUAUCGAUACGUGUGCUGGCCCUGGCAAUGGCUGGGCUUGAAUGCUGUAAGAUACCAUCAACCCGAUGUACCACAGGGUAACAACGAGAUGGAAUUGUCAGAACCCCUAAUGCAGGGUACAUUAUGA